AUGUCAACACCCCAGCUACCCAACUUGCUCGACAGCUUAGGCACAGGGAGGGGACGCGGGCGUAGACGUGGCAGAGGAAGAGGUGGUCUCGGUGAGAAUCAUGAGGACAAUCAGGAGAAGAAGGACAGGGUUGUCCAAAAGACUGACGAGGACGCGUCCGUCUCCCGGAUGAGCGCCGUGGAAAUGGGCUACCUUGACGAUCCAUUCGCGAGAGCAUUUAUCUACGACCCGCCGAUACCACGACGGUAUCCGAUUAUAAACAGAGGAACUUAUGUCCGGACAGCGGCCAUUGACACGCUCGUCAAUAAAUUCCUCGCGGCCGAUCGUGGCGCGCAGAAGCAAAUUAUAUCCCUCGGCGCAGGUUCCGACACGCGAUACUUCCGCAUCAUCUCCAAAGACCCCACAGUCAAGCUAGUAUACCACGAGCUCGAUUUCCCAACCAACGUGGCCCAAAAGAUUUCCGCCAUCCAACACACGCCCUCCCUCCUCGCCGUCAUCCGCUCCACCCUCUCCACUCCAUCAGACCUCCAAAUAACCGCCCACGCCCUCACAUCACCAACCUACAACAUCCACCCCCUAGACCUCCGAACGCUCGCCAUCGAUCCUUCCACAAGCGCCCCACCGCCCCUCCCAACCCUCCCCCACCUCUCCACCGGAGCGCCGACCCUCCUCCUCUCCGAAUGCUGCCUCAUCUACCUCUCCCCGCACGACGCCGACAGCAUCCUGGCCACCCUAGCCACCUCCCUCAUCCCCCCGUCCACCCCGCUCGCCCUGAUUCUCUAUGAGCCCAUCCGCCCACACGACCCCUUCGGCCGCGUCAUGAUCUCCAACCUCGCGGCCCGGGGCAUCCACCUGCAGACGCUGCAAAAGUACUCCUCGCUCUCGCGGCAGCGGGCGCGGCUGCGGAGUGCUGGGUUCGUCGACGGCCAGGCGGCUGCGGAUGUGGAUUUUAUCUGGGGAAGGUGGGUCGGCGAGGCAGAGAAGGAGAGGGUCGCGGGGCUGGAGAUGCUGGAUGAGCUUGAGGAGUGGGUGUUGCUGGCGCGGCAUUAUUGUGUUGCGUGGGGGUGGAGGGAUGGGGUGGGUGAGGGCGGUGGGUUGUUUGGGACGGCGUGGGAGGGGGUUGUGGGGCAGGAGGGAAAUGACGAAGGGGAGGGAAUAGAUUGA